GGGUGAGUGCCAGCAGGCGCCAUUUUGUGUGGUUCGUGAAAAGCCAACCAGGGAGACAGAGGUAGCACCGGAGAGCUGCAAGUAUCGCUGGUCGGCGAGGAAGGCGCCGGCGGGGGAGUGUAUAAAGAACUAAAGAUGUGGGAUCAAGGUGGGCAGCCUUGGCAACAGUGGCCUUUGAAUCAACAGCAAUGGAUGCAGUCAUUUCAGCACCAGCAAGAUCCAAGCCAAAUUGACUGGGCUGCAUUAGCUCAAGCAUGGAUUGCGCAGCGAGAAGCAUCAGGGCAGCAGAGUGUGGUGGAACAGCAGGGGAUGAUGCCAAAUGGCCAGGAGAUGACUGGAAUGGAGCCUGGUCCGAACAAUCACGGUAACUUUCAGGGCGAUCCAAACUUCAACAGAAUGUGGCAACCAGAAUGGAGCAUGCCACACCAGCCUCCUCAUCCACCUCCAGAUCAGCCAUGGAUUCCUCCAGCCCCAGGUCCAAUGGAUAUUGUUCCUCCAUCUGAAGACAGCAACAGUCAGGACAGUGGAGAAUUUGCCCCUGACAACAGGCAUAUAUUUAACCAGAAUAAUCACAACUUUGGGGGACCACCACCUGAUAAUUUUUCAAUGGGGCCAGUGAACCAGUUUGACUAUCAGCAUGGGGCUACUUUUGGUCCACCUCAAGGUGGGUUUCAUCCACCUUAUUGGCAGCCAGGACCACCGGGCCCUCCAGGGCCCCCAGCACCUCCCGCUCCUCCCCAAAACCGAAGGGAAAGGCCAGCAUUCAGAGAUCGCCAGCGUUCACCUAUCACAUUGCCUGUGAAACAAGAACCCCCUCAAAUUGAUGCUGUUAAACGCCGAACUCUGCCUGCUUGGAUUCGUGAGGGCCUUGAGAAGAUGGAAAGAGAAAAACAGAAGAAGCUUGAGAAGGAAAGAAUGGAACAACAGCGUUCUCAACUGUCUAAAAAAGAAAAAAAGGAACAUGUAGAACCAGGAGAAGAAGAUGGACCUCGAUUACCACAGAAAAGUAAAUUUGAUAGUGAUGAUGAAGAUGAAGAUCUUGAUAAUGUAGAAGCUACUAGUAGUGGAAAAAUAAGCCGGAGUCCCUCCCCAGCUCCUCAAGAGGAGCAAAGUGAACCAGAAAUGACAGAGGAAGAGAAGGAGUAUCAGAUGAUGUUGCUGACAAAAAUGCUGCUGACAGAAAUUCUUCUAGAUGUUACAAAUGAAGAAAUUUAUUACGUAGCCAAAGAUGUCCACCGGAAAGCAAUAAAAGCUCCUGCAAAACAGCUGGCACAGUCCAGUGCAUUGGCUUCCCUCACUGGACUUGGUGGACUGGGUGGUUAUGGAUCAGGAGACAGUGACGACGAGAGGAGCGACAGAGGCUCUGAGUCUUCCGAUACUGAUGAUGAGGAACUGCGACACAGAAUCAGGCAAAAACAAGAAGCAUUUUGGAGGAAGGAGCGAGAACAGCAACUAUUGCUAGAGAAACAGCUGGAAGGUAGGCUGUUCAUUUGGUUCAAAAUUAACUAGAGCAGUGGUAGUUUACACAUCCAGACCUGUGAUCCACCUUGUACCCUUGCAAUAUGGGAGCCAACUCUUAUGGAUAUAACAGGAUAUGUUAAUUAUUACAUCAAACGCAAGUAAAACCAUGCAUAAGGAUGUACUGUGCACACCAGCCAGAGCUAUAGGGGGCAUGUAACCAAAGAUAUUUUUUGGGCGAGGCUAACUUGUAACUGUUUUUUGUUAGUGCUGUCUCUCUGAUAUGGUUAAUAACCUCAAACUUUGAAGUUAGCCUGCGAUGUCUGUUACUUGAGAUGACCUCAUUUCCCCCAGGAGUACAGCCUGGAAGUCUCUGACCUUAGCCAUUCUCAAUCCCAGGAGCUACCUGGUGGGAGCCAAAUACACAGUCCAUCCCAAAUUUUCCAGGGAAAGAUUUGGCAAGAAUCUUGCAGUAAAACAUAGGUGGGAU